CAUGAAAGUGAGGGAACGCAUGAGAAAAUCCAACUUUGGCGAAUACACACCGAGUUCAAGGAAGUUUGAGUGAAGAUCCAGAGGAAGAUUCACUGCGUGGAGACUAGAGAAUCCCCAUGAUGGCUGCCGCACAGCUAAAACCUGCCGAACAGGCGAAGUUGCAGAUGAUGCAAGAGAUGGAAAUCGAGAUGAUGUCGGAUUUGUACAAUAGAAUGACGAAUGCUUGUCACCGGAAGUGCAUUCCACCGAAAUACAAUGACGCCGAGCUAGGGAAGGGCGAGAAUGUGUGCAUCGAUCGGUGUGUGGCGAAGUUCCUGGACAUUCACGAGCGGAUCGGCAAGAAACUCACCGCCAUGUCCGUCCAGGAUGAGGACUUGAUGAAGAAGAUGGGCCAGGAGGCGAAGUAGUGAAUUGCUGGGCAUUUUUUUUUAGUGAUAGACACUCUCAAAUACAAAUUAGUAGUGGCGAAAAUGAGUUGCUGUACAAUCGUUCUUCCGUGUACGCUAAGCAUAAAAUCUCAUCUAACAUGAA